UCCGGUUGGAAUGGAAUCAUAGAGAGGAUCUCGAGGAUUCGUUCAGUGCGUACAGGUCGUUCAUGGUGUUGUUUACUGGCAGCGCGCUCUAACUUUAGUGAACUCACGUUAACGUGUAAGCACUUCGUACUCCUUGACAUGUAAAGGAUAAUUCAUUCAGUGAAUUCUCAUAAAAGCAACGUACACAUAGCGUCCCCCAGGACAUCAAUUCCCAGAGUAAACUAACUGUCGUCAGUUGAAAAUCCUCGAGUCAUUCGUAGCGUGCGUUCAAAUAAGAGUUCCGUUGGUUACGUUCCUGUACGAAACGCGUGUAUGAACUCUGAACGGUGUUUUCGGAUUCGAGCCCGUUUUAUGAAUGUGAUUAAUAGAUAGCUCCGAAUCGAGCUGUGCGUCUUUUGUCCUCCAGCUUGCCAUCCUUUCUGUGUGCUUGCGUGUGCGGGUUAUUGAAAAUGUCAAUUGCGUAUCUGGUAACCACAAAAACAAUUACUAGGAUAUGCUGGCUCGUAAUAAAUCUUACAUAUUUAGCGACUGCUCUUAAGGACGUCCGCGUAAUUGUGCCGAGGACCGUUAAGCGGGGCGAUAAUGCGACACUUAGCUGCUAUUAUGACUUGCAGAACGACACCCUGUACUCGGUGAAGUGGUACAAAGGUAGACGCGAGUUCUAUCGCUACACACCCCGUCAGACUCCCCCAAUGAAAGUCUUCCCGCAUAGCGGCAUAAACGUCGAGCGAUCAAAGUCGAAUGAAAGCCACCUUCUACUCACAUCUGUCGGACCAUCAGUUUCCGGGAAAUAUAGUUGCGAAGUUUCAGCUGACGCGCCGUCCUUCGACACCGACAUCAUGUCCGGCGAUUUGGAAGUUGUUGAGAUUCCGAAAUCGGGGCCGAGGAUAGAAGGUGUGGACAAGGUGUACAGCGUGGGAGACAUCCUGGCGGCCAAUUGUUCGCAAGGGAAAGGCAGGCCUGCGGCCAAUUUAACGUGGUUAAUUAACAAUUUACCAGUUUCGCCCCAUCAAAUUGUAAUAUACGAUAAUAGGAAAGAUAGACCGAAUGACACGGAAGCGUCCAUUUUAGGAAUCAAACUGGUCAUCACACCGAAACAUUUUCGUACCAGCAAAUUUAAGUUAGCAUGCUUAGCCAGAAUCUAUAACAUUUAUGAGCAACUCACGGAGAAACUAAUCGACUUAGAUGCAUCAACAAAUUUAAUUCUAUUCGACGAUCCCCUGAGUACGAUGGAAAACAACAAACAAUCGCAAUACGCAAAUAAUUUAGCGGAUGCUAAUGAAGACAUUAAAAUGCAUCAUAUGCAGGCGCAAGAUUUAUCUUCUUCAGCAUCAACUUCUUUAUAUCCGAGUUUCUUCUUGUGGUCAAAGACAUUCUCGGACAGCAAACGGAAAAGUAAAGGACAGACAGGCAGCAGGAAUGUUCUCUAUCAUCUCGGAAUAUCCUUGACAGCGGCACUUGCUGCCCGCACUUUAAUGUGCCCGACAAGACUGAUAGUGUGGCCCCGGACGAAGCAGUUUUAAGGAUUCUAAACCACAAGGAAUGGACAAUAACUUGUCAAAUACACAUUUGAGCAAGAUGUAAAUCAUGCCCUGGCAGACGCAAGCAGGAGUUUUAUUAAGAAGCAAUUGUAUCUUGGAAACGGACGAAAACAAAAGGAAUCUACGAGCGAAGCAAUGGCGGACAAAGGACAAGGGUUGGAGGAUUGUGAAUUGGUUGUCUUUAUUGUAACUUAAGGAAUUAAUUUAAGAAUGU